AUGCCAUUGACAAUCCACCACCUUGGCCGCUCGCAAUCAGAGCGCAUCAUCUGGCUCGCCGAAGAACUAGACAUCAAGUAUGACUUUGUCUUCCACAAGCGCGACCCUAUCCUCGCCCCUCAAUCACUGAGAAACCUGCAUCCCUCUGGUACCGCACCAGUGAUCGAAGAUGACAACUCCCCCUUUACGGACAAGAAGGUCGUCCUUGCUGAAUCCGGAGCUAUCAUCGACUACAUUAUUGCCGCCUAUGGAGAGGGUCGUCUUGCGCGCACACCAAAGGACGGCGAGGAGUACAUCCAAUUCCUGGAAUGGUACCACUGGGCGAAUGCCUCUCUACAGCCAACCUUGUUCCGUGUGAUGAUGGCCCAGCGCUUAACCGACGACCCAGAAUCAGGGCACGUCAAAUUGAGCAAUGCGAAGCUAGAGGGUGCGCUCUCAAUGGUUGAGGCGAGACUCGGUGAAACCGGAGCCUACCUGGUUGGGAAUGACGUCACUGCAGCGGAUAUCAUGGCGAUCUGUACACUCACCACCAUGAGAGGAUUCUGCAACAUUGAAUUCGAUGAGCAGAAGCAUAAGAACAUUUUAGCCUAUCUCAAGCGGGUUGGUGACCGGCCUGCUUAUCGAAAGGCCAUGAAGAUCUGUGAGGGCGAGGAUUUCGUGCCUAUUCUUGGUGCAAAGCCCGCGCAGUUUGUAUUCCCUUACUGA